CUGUUUUUGACUUUGACAGUAGCGUAUUUGAAAAUAAGAUUGAUAUGACAAUGAAUAAAACUUUGGAAAAUUGCUAUUAAGACUCAAUACGAUAAACAUUUCUAUAAAUCCUUUUAUAUAUUUUCUAAAUAUGGAAGAAAUUUCUUUACAAAUUUGUAAUGAAAUAUUUUUAAUAAACAAAGAAGUUUUAUGUGAACAUAGCGAUUAUUUUCGCGCCAUGUUUAGCGGAAAUUAUGUUGAAAACCAAAAAAAAGAAGUUAUUAUCGAUAUGUUAGAUCCUAGCACAAUGAACAUUAUAUUUCAAUACAUGAAAAUAGGUUUGAUAGACCUCUCUGAAUACUCUUUAUCAACAAUUGGUAGUCUAGCAGUUGCAGCAAACUUUUUACAAAUAACCGAAUUAAUAAAACAGAUCGAAUACACUUUAGAUAUUCAAACAAAUGAAUCUAAUUGGAUAGAAAUAAUGACAAUUGCGGAAAAUUCCUCGUUUUUAAAGUUAGAACAGUUAUGUGCAGCUUAUGGACUAUUUUCAUUUAAAUCUAUGAAGCCAGAAUAUAUACCGACAAUUUACAAACUAGCUUGGUACUUAUCUCAUCCUUAUUUAGAUACUCAAUCAGAAUUAGACGUUUUUGCCUUUGGGAUCGAUUGGAUUACACACAAAGAAAUUGGAGCUGAUGCGUUACUUAUUAUUCUCGGUUGUUUAGACAUGAAAAGUAUUACAAAACAUGAUUUAAAAGAAAUAAAAAACAUUAUGAAAGAUUAUGAAAACAGUUUGGCUGCUAAAGUUGUUGAUUUACUUUAUGAUUUAUCUAUUAGUGCUUGUAGUAUUACAGAGAACAAUUUGUUGAAACAGAAGACUGAGCUAUGUCAAAAAUUCACGGAGAGGGUCUGGAGUGAAACUUUAAACAUAGUCAAAAAUAGUAAACCACGAUGUUUACAAUACACACCUGUUGUACCUGUUUGGCUUCUUAAUGAUUCGAAACAGCAAGUACUACCACACUGUAUGUAUACUUUCAAUGAAGAUAAAGGUUUUGAAAAAUGGCUAGAGGUUGCAGAGGAAAAUUUAUGGGGUUGGAGUGUAGUUUCAUGGGGUUUAACGAAACUGGUUGUGGUUGGUGGUGAGCAUGGUAGAGGCACAGGGAUAUUCAUGAGGGAUGUUAAGGUAUAUGAUACACUGAGAAAAGAGUGGACUAGGCAUGGUGUACAAUUACCGCAGAGACGACAUGCAGGCCUUGUUGUGGUCGAUGACACGCUUUAUAUGGUUGGAGGUGUAGGUGGGUUCAGAAUAGUACUAGAAACAGCAAUUGCAUAUGAUUUAAAACAAAGAACAUAUAGAAAACUUGCAAGGUUACCAGAUGCAAUACAAAACCCAGCUACAUGCUCUCAUAAAGGAGCAGUUUAUAUCGCAGGACAAAAAAAUAUUUAUCGCCAUGAGGACUUAGAAAGUACAGACUGUUGGAAAAAAGUUGCUUCCGCUGAAAUCAAGAUGAGUUGUAUUAGGUCAUUUAAGGAUUAUAUUUAUUGCACACAAUUUUAUUUCACUAAUUUAUACAGGUUUAGGCCUGACAUUGACGAGAAGAUGGAAGUGAUAACAUGUUUUUCUAAUCUACCAGCAACUGUUUGUAAUUUAGGUCAUAAACUUUAUGUAUUUACUUGGAUGUUAUGUGAUCAAUCAAUGUUAACAGUAGAGGAAGUCACAGGAGAAAAAGAUGAGACACCUAAGGUGCUAUUCACAAAAACAAAUGCAACAAUGCGUGUUAAUGACGUGGCUGGUUCCUGUUCAUUAGUUCUAUCCUUACCGCCGUUGUGUAUGGACCUUUCACAAUAUCAUAAGCGAUACUUAACGAGAUAUAUUGACCUUGUGUAACGUGGGCAUACCCAUAUUGUAGGGGGGGGGGGGGGGAAGUUUAAAAACUAUAUAUAUAUGUAGCAGAAAUUAAAUAUUCUGUUUAUUUUA